AUGCUUCUAUAUGCUCACCUCACGUUGUGCUUGGCUUUGGUUGUCUGUGCACAGAGUCCUGCAUGCCCGUCUCUGUGCACCUGUGUGUUCCACAGUCGCAGCAAUGGCAAGGGACUCAGAACUGUGCUCUGUAAGAACCCAGCCUUGACUGCCAUUCCAACAGAUCUUCCAAGUGACAUCGUAAAGUUUCGUCUGGAACGCACCUCUGUCUCAAGGAUUUUUAGAGGUGCUUUCUCCACAAUGCCCGAACUCCUUUAUCUGUGGCUUACAUAUAACUCCAUCACCGUUCUACAUCCAAGGAGUUUUACAAACCUGUCUUCCCUUCAUGAGUUACGACUGGAUGGGAACCUUCUGUCCACCUUCCCCUGGGAGGGACUCAGGGAUGUGCCCCGCCUCCGAACGCUUGGACUGCACAAUAACCGCCUGGCACGCAUCCCACCCCUUGCUGUGCGUUACCUAGGCAACAUCACUUACCUGGACCUGUCGAGCAACAGGCUGAGCUCCCUGCCUAAUGAUCUGGCUGCUCUCUGGCCAUUCAAUACGCUCAGUGAUAGCUCUCAAACCCAGCGCUCAGUGGUUCUAGGUCUACAGGAUAACCCGUGGGUGUGUGACUGUAGGCUUUCUUCCUUACUUGACAUUAGUAAGACACCAGAGUCCUCCCUGGUCCUGUUGGAUCGGUUCCUGACCUGUAGUGGACCGCCAAACCUCGCUGGAGUUCCCUUUCAGAGUGUGGAGCUCUCUCACUGCCACAGGCCCUAUGUAGUGACCUCUGCCACAAAGAUCACAGCUCUGCUGGGUAGCAAUGUCUUACUUCGCUGUGAUGCUACAGGAUACCCCACUCCCACACUUAUGUGGAUCAAAUCUGCCAGAGCCAGCCUUUAUAACACAGAUGCACAAGAGUCUCCUCGAGUAGGAAUUCGUUGGUCUGCAGUCAGUCUUAAUGGAAUAUCCUAUAAAGAUGCAGGAGAGUACCGGUGCAGAGCGCAAAACAUGGCAGGGAUAUCAGAGGCUAUUGUCAGUCUGAAUGUGGUUGGAGUGAUGGCUGAAUAUGCAGACUCUGAAAAAUCAGACCUACAGCAAAGAGUUGCAAAAUCAGACCAUUCACAGAGGAAACCCAACCAGAAAUCUACAGUGACACCUUCCUUGUUCCCUCUAAACAUAACUGGACUGGGAUGGAUUUCCCAAUAACGUUGCAACUUAAGCUUUAACGAUCAUCUUAACUUACGUCGUUUGUUAUUUUACAAUGGAGUAAUGCCUGUUUCCCAAACCAGCACGUAGAUCGCUCGUUAUAAAGUAGAACUUAAGUGCUUCGUUACGGGAGCUGUCCAGUCCAAAGGUGCUGAUUACUUUGGCAAAUAUGUCCAGGUGUUUGUCUUCUCAAAAUG